AUGUUGAGCAGAUCAUUAUUCAGAAGCACUGUCAGAUACCAGACUACGGUUGCCGAAUCGGUCAAGUCCACAGUCACUGGCCUUACUCGCGAAGAGUUGGCUCACAACAAAAACGCCAUGCAAGCGCCAAACAGACCCAACAAGUGGUCUCCUAGCCAGGAAGGCAGAGCGGAGGUGAUUGCGCGCAACCCGCAAAGAUUUAUUCAGAAAGAUUUGAGCGCCCAGCCUCAGCCUUAUGCUGCCAUUGAGUUGAUUGCCAAACAGCCAAUCAUGUACUUGUCCGAAGGAAACAUCGCAGUCUGUGACGGAAACAAGGGCUCGACUUUGCAGGGCCACCCUAAAGUGUACAUCAACUUGGACAAGCCUGAAGCGGCCACGUGUGGCUACUGUGGUUUGAGAUACGCCAAGGAGGCUCACAGAGAACACAUUGAGAAGAAGUAG